GAGGGCGGAGCGGGUCGAGCGCGAGGGCAGCGAGCUCACGUUGCGACGCCUCCAGAGACACGGGCCUUGCGGCGGCAUGAUCGCCGCUGUCAGUCGCCUCGAAAUCGGCGGCCGCGGCGGCGGUGGCGGCGUUGAGCUUGAGGAGCGCGCGCUGGGCGCGGGUGGGCCGAGCAAGGAGAGACGGCGGCGCGCGCUGAUUUCGGCGACGCGGGACUUGUGGCCGUGGCAGUGGGUGGUUGGCGGAAGAGAAGGAGCAAUCGGCGGUGGCAGUGAGCGCGAGGGCCGCGCAAAGGAGAAGCAGCGCUGCUGCAUCGGCGCGGCGCAGUGGCCACGGAGGCGCAACGCGGCAUCGCAUGGCAGAGGAACGAGGCUCGCGCUUUCCCCCCGCUGCCCGUCACCACGCGCCUUCCCCCCGCUGCCUGUCGCGUCGCGCCUUCCCCUGCCCCCCGUCGCGUCGCGCUCUCCCCCACUUCCCGUCCCGUCGUCCCCUCCCCCGCUGCUCGUCGCGACGCGCCCUCCCCCCGCUGCCCAACACGCCCGUUCGCGCGCCGCGCCUGCCGCCGCGCCUGCCCGUUUGGCUCGCCGCGGGCCUGCUCGUCCCGCCGCCUCGCCUAUUCGCGCCGCCUGCCGCCGCGCCUACGCGUCAGGCCCGCCGUGGGCCCGCUCGUCCUGCCGCUGCGCCUACCCCUCCUGCCCGCCGUCGCGCCUCUUAGUUAGGCCCGCCGUGGGCUCGCUCAUCCCGCCGCCGCGCCUGCCCGUACUGCCCGCUGCGGACCCUCCCUUAUAG